GACCGCAUCGGCGGAAAUGAGGAAGCAGGAAGUCGAGAGCAGGGCUGAUGUGGAAUACCACACAUUUGUUUAAGAUGAAUUAGUGUCGAUUAGAGUAAGUUAUUAAUUUACAUUUACCGCAGAUGUGGAGAACUGAAAGGGUUUCACUGUAGCGCUCUUCACACGUGCUGUGGUGUCGCUCGCUGUGCUCGAGAAAGAUGCUUCACAGGUGACCUAAGUUGAAGCGGGGUGAAUGUGGAGUGUUUGCGGAGUGUAACAAAAUCAUUACCUGCUCCAUUAAUAGAUGUGACUGUAAUGCUAAAUAUGCUCUUCACUUGCCCUUGAACAACUUUCGUUUGUAUUACCUCUCAGUCGCUCAUUUCUUGUUGAUUGGAAGCUAAAGGAAAAAUGGAAAGGCCAAACUAAAGUUCUACACUUCAUCACUUCACACCAAAGUCCAUAAUUUUACACUUGAAUUCAUCAUGUCAUUGGGCGAACAGUCGCAAAAGUGGUUUCCAACCCAUGUCCAAGCCACUGUUCUCCAAGCCACAGACCUGCAACCAAAGGGCAAGAAUGGAACCAAUGAUGCCUACACAAUCAUCCAGCUGGGCAAAGAAAAAUACUCCACAUCGGUGGCAGAGAAGACCCUGAACCCAGCGUGGAGGGAAGAGGCUUCAUUUGAGCUUCCAGGGCUGCUAAUGGAGAGCAAUCCAGAGGUUUAUGAGCUCUGCCUCACAGUCAUGCACAGGUCCUUAGUGGGACUGGACAAAUUUCUGGGCCAAAAACUCAUUAACUUAAAUGAGAUAUUCGACAACAAGGAGCGGCGAAAAACUGACUGGUACACUCUAGACUCACGGCCUGGUAAGAAGAGAAAAGACAGAGGGAAGAUUCAAGUUAGCAUCCAGUUCAUGCGGAACAACAUGACCGCCAGCAUGUUUGAUUUGUCUAUGCGAGACAAGCCCCGAUCGCCAUUCUCCAAGCUGAAGGAGAAGAUGAAGGGUCGCAAACACGACGGUGCCUUUUCAGACACAUCUUCCGCCAUCCUUCCACGCUCAGGGCAGAGUGAGACUGAUUCUCUGGCAGACCAGCACCCGCAUUCGCACCCACAGGCCCCCACUGAACCCAAGCCAAAACGCUCGCUGCUCACGGGCACGCAGAAACUCUCUGCUGCUCACUCCAUGUCUGAUCUGAUAGGAACUCACUUCAGGAACAAACUCGACUCCAUGAACUCCAUUGAGGAGAAAGGGGGUGCUUCAUCUCACCGUCACUCUCAGAGUGAUGGAUAUGGGUGCCCAGCCAGCGACGUUCAAUGCGACCCCUUUUCCGACAUCGGAGACAACAUGCCCCAGAAAUUCGCCACUCUUCCACGUAACCGCAAUCCCUUUGAGGGAGAUCAGGGGACGCUGUGGGGUGCAGACAAGAAAGAGAAGAAGGAGAAGGUCGGUCUUUUGGGCAGAGUGACUGGGAAGAAAGACGGAAAGAAAACUGGAGCACGAAUAGGAAGCUCUGGAGACCUGCGUUCGCCAAACCCUUUUACCAGUGAAUCCACUAGCGAAACCAACCCCUUCCUCUCACACUACAGAUCCAGCAGUGACAACAUGAAAAACCCCACCAGUAAUGAGGACCUUACACAGAGAUUCAAAGCCUCUCCUGAAAAGAAACAGGUCAUGAAAAAUGCAAGAGAACAUGACCUUGAACAUCUGCAGACGAGUGUAGCGGCCUACAGCAAUCUCUCCUUUGAGGAAGUUGUGCAAGAGCUCAUUAAGCAGAAGGAUGUUGUAAAGAAGAAAGAUGCUCAUAUUCGGGAGUUGGAGGACUACAUUGAUAACCUGCUGGUCAGGGUAAUGGAAGAGACGCCCAGCAUCCUGAGAACACCCUAUGAGCCCAAGAGAAAAGCUGGAAAGAUCUCGAAAAAGUAAAGAAUCACUGAAGAAUAUUGUAGCUUAAGAUUUCUGGCAAAAUAUAUAUAUUGCUUGAUAAAGGACCCUGGAGUGUCACCUGGGAUUGAACACAGGUCUAUUUGUUCACACAUAGACAAAUUUCAUGUGAUAAAGUUACUCUAGGUUUGCAAGAACAUUGUGACAGAAGCCAGGCACUAAAUGUGGAGAUGCCAAACCCCCCUAUUUAGAUUUUUUCCAUGACUUUAUUUAGAUUUCUGUUUUUAAGAUUCCUUUGAGCUGUCAAUUAAUACAUGAUGAGUGAAUAUUUUUUUUAAUAUUCACGAGCAGUCAUUCCUAGCUAAGAGCAGCGUUCUUGUGUUUUUACCGAAAAUAACUGUGUUUAAGUUGACUUUUACUUUGAAUUCAGUCAGUAUAACAGAAUUCAGCACUUAAAAGUCUUGGUACUACUGUGUUUUACAUUUAUCACUGGGGUGGACUAUCUAUAUGAGGCCUUGAAUUUGCUGUGACUGAACUCACGCUGCAAAAGCUGCUCCCGAUCAGUUGAGGUACACAUUUGUCAUAUGCAAAAAUGGAAACAUAAAUUAGUGGCACCACCGGACAUAGAAACGCAUGUUUACUGGAUGUUUUAGCAGCGGGGGUGUUGAUUUACUGGAAGACCACUCUUGGGUUUGACAGGGUAAUUCUAAUAAUAAGUGUAAACAAGUGAUGGAGACUUGUGUUUGGUGCCAUAUUGAUUGGUUGGUUACAGGAUGCUGGUACUGAAAGCUUAUGGUACUCGUAUAUAUCUAACAAAUAAUAAUACGCUGAUACGGAAUACACUACUAAAUAUUUAUUUUGAGCUUAAUUGCAGUGAGCAUAUGGCAUAUAUGAAUGACACGGUUCACUUUUAAGUCCCAGAAACAAAAGAAACGUGUCGCAGAAGUGUAGAAAUGAGCAUCCAGUUUCCAAAGACUUUAAUCUGAAUGUUGAAUUGGAAAGUUCUGCUUAUGAAUAUAUUCCGUUUAUCACAGAACAGUCAAAGAUUGUAGACUGAUUGUUUUGACUGGGGAAAUUUUGAUUACUGAUAUCCGAUAUCACUAUGUUUGGAAGCCGAUAAGUGAUAUAUAAAUAGGCCGAUAAAAAUAAUCUGUCUGAUUACAGAAACAAAUGGCAGACAGUGGGCAAACAUAUUUUAUUUUAAACCUUAUCUACAGCAAAUAAGGAAACUGCAAGGAAAUGUGUUAAAAACACACACACAAUGGAAAACUACCACACUGUGACAUCAUUCUAACGGGCCAAUAACAGUAACAUUACAAAUAAGCAUUUAUUUACAGAUACUGAUAUGGCAUCCAUAUAUUUCCCUAGUUUUGACCAUUUUAUUAAAAUGUAGCUAUUUAAUCAAUAUGUCAAACACAGAAGUAUUGCAAAUCUACUUUCAGCAAGUUAUGAAACUCAAUUUCUUAUUUUAACGGAGCCAGUAAAUUUAAAAUGAAAGUGAAUACGUUAAUUUAAUUGGUCUUUGUAGUCAUUUAGUUCAAAACGUUUAUAGAAACGUUCAGACAGUCGGAUUUAUUACUAUGUUUAUCAUGUUUACUACACCAGAAUCACAUAGAAAAAACAAUGAUUGUUUACAGUUUGCGUUAUAGUUUAUACCUGCCAAAAUUGACCAACGCUUCUAUGACUUUGUUUAAUGAACAGUGAACUUGUUUUUUGCUGGAAAACCAGAAUGAAUCUCUUAGAAUUUCCAAAAGAAAUACUUUUAUUUUGUUUACAACAAAUUUAUUAACCAUUCCUGUUACAAACUUGGGAAGAUGUUUGUAUUUUAAAAUGCAAGUUUUAAACCAACCAAGUCAAUCAAAGAUACUUAAAACCUUUUUCAUCAGCUGCACAAAAAGAUUUAUUAAAACAAAUAAUUCACAGCAUCAGUUUACAUACAGUGUAUAUAUAUAUAUAUAUAUAUUCAUAUAUACUGUAUGUUUUGCAAUUGUGCUAAACUAUUAUGUGUUUUCAGGCAUUUUUAGAAUAAAAAAAGAAGAUUUUUUUUGACUCAAUUAAUUAAUUUUAGAUUUCAAGCCAGUACUCUUGAAUAUUUAUACACUUCUUACAGGGAUUACUGGGAUUUGUCUCAUUUCCUGUUACCUACGGUACAUAUCUUUUCAGAAAAGUACAUUGGCUAUCAUUUAUGGUAAUCUGAGCAUUUAUUUUUCAUCGUAACCGUUUUUUUUUCAAUGUUUAUUUUUCGAACAUAACAAUGUUACACUGGAGUGUGUGUGUUUUUUGAACAACAUCGGUGCAUUUGCACACCAGACACUGAAAAAAUGUGCAUUUGAGAAAACUAGAAUGAUUGUAAUGGAGAUGUAGUUUAUACUUUAAAGGGUAUAAUAUGUUAGCUCUUAAUGAAACUUUAUACCAGGCAGUUCUUUAGACAAUAAUUACCCAUAAUUUUUUUUUUUAUUUAUAAAACAACAUAAUGUAUAAUUUGAGUGUAUAUACUGUAGAUCAGCUGAAAUCUUUCCAAGUGUAGUUUUUCCUGAAUGACAUGGUAAAAAGAAACACUGUGCUGGUUAGUUUACAGGAAAGGAAGUCACGUCUUCUCUAAUAUUGGGUCACAAUGAGAAAGUGUUGUGUUCUAAUCUAGAUGUAAAUUAUUCAUGUUUUGUUUGUUUAAAGGUUUAUUUACCUACCUUUUAGUAUGUAUUUGGAGAGGUUUACAUGUGUGUAAUUGACAACUCACGUCAAAAUCAUUCAGUGCCACGAGCAGUGUUACACAGUGCUGUCGUUAUGGCUCUUAUUUCAUGUCAGUCUUUGAAAUAUGACCUUUACUUGGUUUUGUGCAAGUUGGAAUGUUACGUUUUUCCAUAUAGUGCUGUUUACUUGCUAGAUUUUGUACCAUUUUAAUACAGGCAUAUGUGUUAAAUGAUUUAUUUACUGUAAAAAUCUUACAAACAUGUUGUACAAUUGACUUACACAUGAUAUUAAAUAAUGUUCUGCAUUAUAUGUAGCUGGCCAAAAAGAAUCAGUUCAGAGUAACAUUAACUGUAGUGCAGUUUACUCUUACCAUUUGAGUAUGUUUUAUUUCUCUGUUCAUUGUUUCAUAUCUGCACUGCUAUGCAUUCAUUACAUGCCCCCCACCCCCCCACCCCACACACACACACACACAAAAGAGCUUUUGAUCAAAUAUUAUUUAAAACUACUAACUGUAAGUAUGUAUUGCUGUGUUUUUAUCGUACUCAGCCAAGCACUUUCCUCCUUUCUGUUUUGUCUCAUUGAACUGGAACUGCUAUGCAUCUCCCUAGAGAGCAAUUCCGUGUGGUACUUUGAAUGUAUUUUGACCAAUCAGUAAUGUCUGUAAUCACAAACACAGUGUUGAGCACCCUGUGUAGAUCUUAUCGAGCACUAAUUAUAUCACAGAAUACACAGCUGACGCGAUAUUUUCUUUUCAUUUAUAUGAACAAUGGUCAGCACGUUGUUUAUGGUUUCGUCGUGGUUAUUCAUCAAGAAGCCAAAUAAUCAUCUGAUGUUUUUAAUGAAUAUGAUUUAGCUUUUAUGUGUAUUUUUGUAAUAUCCAUUGGUUUAAUAGUUUACUGUAAAUGUUUAGCCUACCUUUUUCCUUUUCUAUUUUUUUCUACUUCUUUCCUCUCGUGGCUGUUCAUUUUUUUUUUUGUUGUUGUUGUUUAGCUAUGUUUAUAGUUCUUCAAUGCGUAAUGUGUUACAGUAAUUCAUAUGCUGCUGUUUUCUUAGCAUUUUCUAACAGAUGGUUUAGAUGAAUUUACAUACUUUCAUUGAACCAUGAAAAAAGAUCUGAAAAAUAAAAAUAAUGGAUUACAUUUUCUGAAUAAAGCAUAUUAGCUGGACAAUAGAGAAGUUAAAACGCAUGGAAGCAACAGUAUCAGCAUUUAUUUUCUUUUUGAUUUUGUAUACAUUAAUCUUAGUGCUGUAAUCAUAUUGAACAUAAAAUACGUUUGGACCAUUGAAUCACUGUACAAAAUGCUGGGUUCCACGUAAUUCCUUCAUGUUUUGCUAACACAAAACAAUUGUUAACUUCAUCGUUUUUACAAACUUGAACAUGAAACAGUUAAGUUUUUAAUUGUGCUGUUUCAACUCAUUUUAAAUAAGUAGUUUGAACAAGCAGCAAAAGUAAUUUUUUUUGAAUGAAAAUUUAUUUUCUGUUUAGUUUUGUAUACAUUAAUCUUAGUGCUUUCAGUAUUUUGUAUCAUACAUUCCUUCCUUUUAAAGUAAUAAGUUUCCUCUAAAAAUGAACUUGAAUUUCUAAUGGUGUGUAAAUAACACUACUUAGAAUUUAGAAUUUUACCCUUGGAAUUUGCUUACGGUGUUUUAAGGAUCAUUGUUAAGAUGAGGACUUUUCUCAGUGAGACACGUUUCUGUAGGGUGGUUACACAUUUUUGCGUAGAUGUAGUUAUUGAUGAAUCAUCCAGAAGCAACACGUCUGUCUUUGCAUUCUUGGCAUGCAGCAUGAAUGAGUGUAGAAGCGAGAGCUGAGUGUAUUGUCUAUGUGACUACCAUAUAAAAGGGUGAAAAUGACGGUACCACCCAUUUCAAUAAAUCUCCUGUACUUCA